AUGUCAUCAUCUCAGGGGCUUCACUUCGACCAGAACUCCAAAGCUAUUCAUCAAGCUAUAAAAGCAGCUGCAGUUGGUGAUAGAUUCCUCAAACAUACAGGCACAAGUACCUACAUUACUUCCAAAUUACUCUAUUCUCUCCUUCCUUUUGCUUCUCAAGAUGGCUCAGCUGAAGGUCCAUGGUAUGUGUAUGAGAGGGUGACUAUAGUCCCUAAUCUCUGCCUCCCAGAGCGAAGCAAUGAAAUCCGAAACAGGACUCCGGUUGAGGAUAUCAGAUCGCUCCGGCUGAUCACAGGCAUCAAAACCCCAUACCUAGAUGAUGGCAGAUUGGACCUCAAAGCAUAUGACAGCUCGAUUGAAAUGCAGAUCGCGAAGGGUGUGGAAGGAGUCAUCAUUGGCAGCGCAGUCGGGGAAGGCCAUUUAAUGAGCUGGGAUGAGCACAUCACGCUCAUUGGACACACUGUCACUCGCUUUGGCUCUUCAUUCAAGGUGAUCAGCAACACCGGUAGAAACUCCACCGGUGAAGAAACGCAGGCUACCGAGCAGGGCUUUGCUGUUGGAAUGCAUGCUUCCCUUCACAUCAAUCCUUACUAUGGCAAAACCUCAAUACCUGGCUUGCUUGCUCACUUCAAUAGUGCUUUGCCUAUGGGCCCGAUGAUAAUAUACAACAUGCCAUCAAGGACGAGUCAGGACAUUACGCCUAGUGUCAUCCAAACCUUGGCUGCAAGUCCGAACUUUGUCGGUGUUAAGGAAUGCGUUGGAUAUGAUCGUGUUAGGCAGCAUGGAGAGGAGGGGAUCACGGUUUGGUGCGGGAUGGAUUAUGAAAGCCAUGAUGCUAGGUGGGAUUUGGGGGCUACGGGAGCAAUGUUGGUCGCUAGCAAUUUGACUCCUGGCUUAGUGCGGGAAUUGGUUGCCGGGAAGAAGAGUCCUGUGAACAAAAAGUUCAUGCCUUUGAUCGAAAUGCCCUUCCAUGAGCCGGCCCCGAUUGGAUUUAACACUGCUCCGGCUCAAGUCAGGGUGGUCAAGCUGAUCUUCAGGCUUCCUUACCUACCGCUUCCUCUAUCGAAGAGGCAAGAAUUUGUGGGUUUGGUGAAGGACAUCGGAAGAGAACAUUUCGUGGGAGAAAGAGAAGUUCAGGUACUUGACGAUGAUGACUUCAUCUUGGUGGCAAGUUAUCGAUAUUGGUCAUCUUCAUUCCAAAAAGGCAUCCUUCAUGUUUCAUUUUGCCUCCUCAGAUUUACCAUGCUCGGUAACGAAACUAGCUGGAACAAGAAUCAAGGCGCAUCACUUUGA